AUGGUAAUCCUCCCAGUCACUAUCAUCUUCAUCUUCAUCUAUGUGCUUGAGUCUUUGACAAUCAUUGCCCAGAGCAGCUUUGUUAUUGCAGUGCUGGGCAGAGAGUGGGUGCGGGCAAAAAGAUUGUCACCUUUGGAAAUGAUUUUAACCAGUCUGAGCAGCUGUCGUUUCUGUCUACAAUUGCUAUCGAUGAUUUAUGAUUUUUGUUUCUUUAUGAACCCUAGCAAAAUAUUUUGGAGCAUAGCACUCUGCUGGGAAUUCACCAGUCAUGUGACAGUCUGGUUAACCAGCUUGCUUGCUCUCUUCUACUGUGUCAAGGUAUCUUCCUUCACGCAUCCCAUCUUUUUCUGGCUGAGGUGGCGAGUUUUGAGACUGGUUCCUCAAUUGAUACUGGGUACUUUGGUGAUUGCUUUUGUGACAACCAUCCCUUCAUCUAUUAGGAGUCGGAUCCGAUUGGAAAUAACUGCCACAGAGUAUUUACGCCAAAACAGAAGUUUGAUGGAGAGAAUUAGGAUGUUUGACUCACUUUAUAUCACACCUCAGAAGAUAACUGCGCUGUGUAUUCCCUUCCUCCUGUUCCUGGUCUCCAUCAUCUUGCUUAUAACUUCGCUGAUCCGGCACUGGAAGCAGAUUCAACAGCCUAGCAACGUCUGUUCCAACUCCAGUAUGAAAGCUCAGUCUUCUGCCCUGAGGUCUCUUGUCAUCUUCCUCAUUUUCUUCACCUCUUACAUUCUGAGUAUACUAAUCUCUUACCUAGGAGUCCUAUUUGAUAGCAGAUCUUGGUACUGGGCCUGGGAAGCUGCCAUCUAUGCUAUUGUUACUGCUAAUUCCACUUUGAUGAUGCUGAGCAUCCCUGCAUUGAAAAAGGUUCUAAAGACAAAGUGCUGGGGUCCAGAGGCUGCCUGA